AUGUCCAAGAGUCCCAUUCGAGAGUGGGCAACUUCAACUUACAACUCAGCCUCAUCUCGCUACGUACUCGUCCCAACCGCAAUCCAGAUAAUGCAACAUGACAGACAUUGUUCUGUUGCAAACCCCGAUUCCCAACAGGACAUCACCCAAGCUCAUUCAUCCGCACCCUUCAACAUUGCGGCAUCUGGAGUUAUACUACGGGUCCGCUACCCCAGUUUUUGCUUCUUUACCCCGCUAGAUUAA